CACGUCACGGCUUGGGUCUCUCCUGCCUCGUCUCCCGCUCGCACCAGCCGGCCUCCCCUGCCCCGGCCCGGGCUCUGCAGGGCGAAGCUGCCAGCCGACGCAGCUGCCCUUGAUCGCGACUGUGAAAGAAGAGUUGCAAGAACAGACGAGAGGUCGGUUCAUGAUGGCACAGGCACACGCCAGUUGGCUCUGGUCACAGGAAGUGUGCACGAUCAGUGAGCCCUGAGCUUCCCACAAGCUGAACACGAAGCCGGCCCCCAAGAAGCCGGCUCUGUGGUCAGCGAUGCUGCAGUGCAGACAAGCACAGGAAUUCAGCUUCGGGCCCCGAGCGCUGAAGGACGCGCUGGUCUCCACCAACCCUGCGCUGCAGGAGCUAUAUGCCAAGGCCUUCACCACUGCUGAGAAGCUGUUCCUGUCGGAGGCGUACAACCCCCAUCGGACGCUCUUCUGCAGCCUGUUCAUUAGGACGGCCUUCGACUGGCUCCUCAGCCAUCCUGACGCACCUGAAGACUUUGAAACCUUCUACUAUUCCCUGCUGAGGAGGAAACCGCACUUCUACCGCAAGCACAUAUACCUGCAACCCAUAGACCUGAGCGAAGGCCCUGCUGAGGUCUCCCUGCUGGACUCCCUCCGGAGCUGCGUCGAAUCGUUCUUCUUGGGCCUCCAAGUCAAGUGCCUUCCUUCCGUCCCAGUGUCCUCCAUCCACUGCUGUUACCGCAACAACGAGGAUUCCGACAGAGCGCAGCUCCACACAGAUGGGAUUCUGACCUUCCUGAAGAACAACAAGCCGAUGGACGCGCUCUGUGUCCUGGGACUCACCCUUGCUGACCUCUACCCAUGCGAGACGUGGAGCUUCACUUUCGGCAAGUUCCUGCCAGGCCACGAAGUGGGCGUAUGCAGCUUUGCCAGGUUUUCCGGCGACUUCUGCCAGGUGGGCUGCACUGCUCUGAACCCCUCCCCGUGGAGGCAAGAGGGGCACCGUGAAGCCGUGGAGCGGGCCACAAACCAGACACUGCUGUUCAACAUGCUGGAAAUGCUUCAGUGUUGCAAGGUCACAUGCCACGAAAUCUGCCACCUGAUUGGUCUGGGCAACUGUCGGUGGCUGCAGUGCAUCAUGCAGGGAGCCCUGAGCCUAGACGAAGUGCUGCUGCGGCCGCUGGAGCCCUGCCCGAUUUGCCUUCGGAAACUGCAGUACGUGGUGGGCUUCAAGCUUAUCGAGCGCUACAGGAAACUAUAUACCUGGACCCAAACCAUCCUGGCAACCUGGCCCAGUCAAGAAGCCGCAGAUCUGUCUGUGACAGAGGACGCUUUGCCCAACAGUACAGACUCUGGGAUGGGUUGCGAGAACGACUCGGAGGUUGUGACGUCCUUCUCAGAGCCCCUGACCCCGGACACUUGCAGCCAGGCCAUUUCCACACUGCAGGAUCUGGACCUCGACGAAGAGUCGUGCGCUCUGACUGACGCUUGCAGUCAGGAGCGGCUGGGGAGCACCCCCAAGCCGGUGGACAUCAUCAAAGAAUACAUCCUGUGGCUCGAGAUGUGCAUAGCCACUCUUGAGAAAGAUGUUUCCGAGGAAGCGCUCUCGCAAGUGGACAGGGCAGUAGAUGCCCUGGCGAGGUGGGAAAUGUUCACCGGACAGCUGCCGGCUACCAGGAGAGACGUGCCUUUUCCCAGUGACAGUCCAGGGCUCAGGAAGGUCCUCGGUGACAAAUUCUCCUCCUUGAGAAGGAAACUGAGCUCCAGGAAAAUGGCCAGAUCGGAAUCUUCUCCUCAUCGCUGGAGGUGGGAAGAAAGCUAGCUCCCUUGAGACUCUUUGCUUGCAGGGAGGGACGCGUGUGUGUGCGCAUGCGUAUGUUAAAUGUGGGUUUUCUUAGUUCCAUUUGUUGUUGGGCAAAUCAUCUUUCUCAUGGCAAGUUCUCGUCAUUUUUCAUUCGAGACAGGACCAAGAAUCCAAACGGCAAUAAAGUCAUUUUGCUCUA